GGUAAUCUGCCGCGGUCUGGGAAACUCUGCAGGGGAGGGGAAGAGACGGAGAGAUAGAGAACGCCUUCUGGAGAAAAUGCAGUGCAUAGGAGGGGCAGGAGGGGGAAGAGAGCGAGAGGUUCGGUCGAGAGAGUUAAGGGGAGAGUUGAGGAGAAGACUAGUUGUUGUUCUAGCGCUAUUGCCAUGGCGUUCCCGUCGUGUCGCCAUCUGCUGCUGGGGUUCUUCGCUCUCUCUCUCGCCGUCAUCGUCUCCAUGCUCUACCAAGCGCCGGGCCUGGCGCGAACCGUUCCGUGGCGGCUGCUGGGCGCUUGCAGCACACCCACACAGGCGCCGCAACCGCCGCAGCAGCGGACCAACACCCUCAUCCUGUCCAGCUGGCGCUCUGGCUCGUCUUUCCUGGGCCAGGUGUUUAACCAGCACCCCGAAGUGUUCUACCUGAUGGAGCCCUUGAAGCACGUGUGGACCGCCGUGCCCACGAGCGGCGAGCGGGCGCUGCGGGGUGCCACGCGCGACCUCCUGCGCUCGCUGUGUGCCUGCGACGAGACGGCGCUGGAGUUUUACAUCGCUCCACCUCGCCGACUCGGCUCUCUCUUCCUCUUCCACCACAGCGCGGCUCUCUGCCGGCUCCCUGCGUGCUCCGCCGCCACCGCGGCCAACGCGAGCGGCGCCCUCGGGUGCCAGCAGCGGUGCAGCGCCGCGCCCUUCGCGGGGAUCGCCCGCGCGUGCGAGCGGAGCCGCCACGGGGUCGUCAAGAGCGUGCGGCUCUUCGACGCGCGCGCCCUGCGUCCCCUCGUGGCCGACCCCGGCGUGCGCCUCCGGAUCAUCCACCUGGUGCGGGACCCGCGCGCCGUCUUUGCGUCGCGCCGCAAGCUGUCGCGCCUCAGCCUCGAGGGCGACGACCGCGCGGUGCUGGGCCACGCCGACGCCGGCCGCCCGUCGCGCGACGUCGACGUGAUGGAGGCGAUCUGCCGGAGCAACGACGACGUUGCCGCCGCCGCCGCCGAGGGAGGUCGCCGGGAGGGGAGGACGCCGGGAGUCGACGGGGGGGGGCUAGGCGGCGCCUACAUGGCGGUGCGCUACGAGGACCUGGUGAGCGAGCCCGCGAGGACGACGGGGGAGAUGUUCCGCUUUGCCGGCAUCGAGCUGCCCGACGCCGUGGCGGCCUGGGUCGAGCUCAUGACGCACGGGCAGAGCGACGGCGCGGGAGAGUUCGACGUGGUGAGUUUGCAGUCGCCCGCCGUGGCGCGCAAGUGGCGCCGGAGCCUCCCUUUCGAGGAGGCGCGCGCCGUGCAGAGCGCAUGCCGCGCGGCCAUGCGGAGGUUCCGCUAUCGCGAGUUCGCGAGCGAGGGCGAACUCCGCAACGCGAGUAUCGACGCCUUCUACAGAUAG